UGAGACAGGUGCCGUGUGGUCACUCUGCGGACGGAGGUCUGAGACCGGCGGACCGCGGCUGCUUUGAACGUCACUCGAUCGUUCCGGAAGUAGACUUGCCGAGCAGAAGUGUUUCCGGAAGACGUGGCUGUUGGUGCUGUGGAGCAGUGGCAGCCGUCACAGGCUUUAGGAGGCUUCAGCGCGGUCCUGCCCCACACCGACCGGCCUCAAGAUGAUUUCACUAACGGACUCCCAGAAGAUCGGGAUGGGGCUGACAGGCUUCGGUGUGUUCUUCCUGUUCUUCGGGAUGGUCCUGUUCUUUGACAAAGCUCUCCUGGCCAUUGGAAACAUCCUGUUUGUCGCUGGACUUGCCUUCGUCAUCGGGCUGGAGAGAACUUUUCGCUUCUUCUUCCAGAAGCACAAGAUGAAGGCCACCGGUUUCUUCCUGGGGGGGGUCUUUGUGGUUCUGAUCGGCUGGCCCAUCAUUGGAGUGGUGCUGGAGAUCUAUGGGUUCUUUCUGCUCUUCAGGGGUUUCUUCCCGGUGGUUGUGGGCUUCAUCAGGAGAAUACCGGUCCUGGGCUCCAUCCUUAACCUGCCCUUCAUCAGUGCGCCUCCCUAAGGCUCUCAGGACAACCACAGCCUCUGCUGGUUCUCCCCUGCAUGCUGCUCGCGCCUGACCCAGAUGGGGGCUCUCCUCAUGGACGCUCUACUUCAGGAGGGAGGGCCUUUUAACUUGUUUGGAAAAGAUUCAUGAAAAUUCAUGAAUGUUCAGUGUUCUUGAUCAUGAAGAGAAGCGUUUAAAAUCAGAAAGCAGUUCCUGGCAUGUCAGAGAGGCAGUAUGCAGGACUGAGGCGCAGAUGAUCCCCAGGACUACAGAAGACUGUGGAUCAGGCUGAGGAUGCAUGAAGACUGAGCUGAACAGGGAAGCUCUUGUUCCUCACAGGGUUCUCUGACUGAACCACAGACAUGCCUUGACUUUGGACGGAAAUGUUUGAUGAAGAACUCUUUUGGAAAGCAAAGAAUUAGAAAUUUUCCAACAAAGACCAAAAAAGUGUUUGAAGCCUUUAUGUUCUGAAAAAAUAAAAUUUCUAACUCUUCUCCAA